GCUUUCGACGACCACCCAACGGGCAGAUUUCCAAAUAUCCGCAGGAAAUGAACGAACUUUUGCGUUUUGGAGAUCAAUACACGCUGAUCAACUUAUCUGUACCAAUAUGCCUCCCUCUAAGCGACGCAAGCUCAGCCCGGAGCCUGAAGAACCACAAGAUGGUGCAGAAAACACUACAGAAACACCUCAGGUGAUACAAGACGCAGACCGCGAUGGAACUCAACCGGCGACACCUCCGGCUGGGAAUGAGGCAGAUAAGGAUGGAGAAGACUCGACGCCAAAGCCCAAAGAAACAGCUGCCGACGGUACCUCAACAGCCAACCCUAUGCCGAGUACCACCAAUGCAGACCGACUCGCCCGUUUCGCGGCCCUCAAAUCCCGCGCGACCCAGUCGGCAAAGUCCAAUCUUGCCGAAGCCAAAGCGGAAGCCAACCGCGCAGCAAUGGAUCCAGCGUUGCUUGCCAACCUCAACAGACGGUCAGCAAUCGCACAGCACAACCUUCUCAAGGCAGACACCGAAGAGGAAGAGGGCAAAGGGGCUUUCGAGCGCAAGCGAGCUUGGGACUACACCAUCGAAGAAAGCGAGAGAUGGGACGAGAGGCAGGAACGCAAAAAGGCCGCGAGGGACAACAAUGCGUUUUCGGACUGGGGUGACGAGGCCGCUAGGAUGUACGAUCGCCAGAUGCGCGAGUUGGAGAAGAGUUCGCUGAAGGACGGCCACCGCAACCGCGAGGAAUACGAACGGCAAAAGGCGGAAAUCAUCGAGAACGCCGCACGCACCGGGGGGCUGGAGAUUGUGGAAAUGGAGAACGGCGAACUGGUGGCCAUCGACAAGGACGGCCGCUUCUACGCAGACAACGACAGUCUGGGGUUCGUGGAGCAAAAGCCCAAGCGGGAGAAUGUGGAUCGCCUGGUCAACGACCUGAAGAAGGCGGAGGAGGCGCGGUUCAAGAAGAGACGAGAAAGAGGCCGUGACGUGGACGAAGGGGAUGUCACGUAUAUUAAUGACAAGAACAAGCAGUUCAACCUCAAGUUGGCGAGGUUCUACGACCGGUAUACGAGGGAUAUCAGGGAGAGUUUCGAGCGAGGGACAGCCAUGUAACGUGGACGCAAGGGCCCUUUUUGGGUAGGAGGGAGGAAGAGAUGCUCCCCGAAUAGAUUGUCUUCGACGUGUCUCUACCAGGAGUGCGCUGGCCGCCCACCUUCUCAUUGCACGGUAGAGCCCGGACGAGAAGUGACCAUUGACUUGCGCCAUGGAAACUUGAUCCAUUUACCACCCUCUCCUAAGAAUUCCAAGCGAGUAAAGGACAUUCUCUGCCUUCUUUGCUGUCCUCAGUCCUGUGAUGCGUGCUUGAGACAGGUUGAUUUCUGG